UUCAUGAGUUCCGGUUUCCAUAUACUCUACACGGCUGUCUAAAUAUCGACGCGUUGUGAUAUUUGUACACUUUCAAACGUCAAAUUUAUCGUGUUACCAAGCACGAUGCUGUACAUUAAGCGUCUAUUAGAUGUAUUUGUGGCGCUGCAGGCUCUGUUUGCGUUGUCAUUGUGUUUUUCUGAACCAGAGCCGGGGCCUGCAGCAGGUUCUCAGUCCAAUGGAGAUCGUUUCAAAAUCGAAGGUCGCGCGAUCGUUCCUGGAGUGAAAACACAGGACUGGAUCUCCUCAGCCCGAGUCCUGGUCGAAGGAGAGGAAUAUGUUGGCUUUCUGAAGACUGACGGAAGCUUUGCUGUGAACGAUGUGCCUUCUGGAUCAUAUGUGGUUGAAAUCGUAUCACCAUCUUUCAGAUUUGAACCUGUCCGUGUUGACAUUACAUCUAAAGGGAAAAUGAGGGCACGCUUGGUGAAUUACAUCAAAACCUCUGAAGUUAUUCGACAGCCGUAUCCCCUUCAGAUCAGAUCAAAUGGUCCACACACGUACUUCAUGAAGCGGGAGACAUGGGGGUGGACUGAUUUUCUGAUGAACCCAAUGGUCAUGAUGAUGGUUCUUCCCUUACUCAUCAUCGUCCUGCUCCCUAAGGUGGUAAAUACUAAUGACCCUGAGAUGAGAAAGGAAAUGGAGCAGUCUAUGAACAUGUUGAACCCUAACCCAGAAUUGCCAGAUGUUUCUGAAUUCAUGACUAAAUUGUUCUCCAAGGGCUCCAGUAAGUCUGGGGGAGGCAACAAAGGUAGCAGGAGUAUUGCACCAAAGAGGAGGUAGUGCUGUGAUCUUUUUUUUUUUUUUUUUUUUUUUUUCAGUUUUCCAUAACACUGUUGUUUUUUUUGUUUUUUAUAUAUAUGUAUAUACAGUAUAUAUGAAUGGUUUCUUUUUAAACUGAAACUUGACAAAGCAGAACUGUUUCUCUCCACUGUCCCAUUUGCUUUUGAUGCAUUGUUGUUAACAGAUCAUUUUACUCAUUAUAAUGAUACACUGAAAACUUCACACAUUUUAAAACAUUUUUCUGGUACACCUGGACUAAAUCAUGAAUUCAUUGUUGUUGUUGUAUUUUAUUUUUUUAAAAUAUAACUUUACUAAGUUGUUUUAAAAGUAGAAUGAGUGGGGAAGUAAAUUAUUGGUCUGUUACCACGGAUUGGUCGAGUUAAAAGAUUCCUAUGCAUUGAUGCCAACUUAGCGACUUUGUCGCUAUUUUUAGCGACUUUUCAGACCCCUUUAGCGACAUUUUUUCAAAAAAGCGACUAGCGACAAAUCUAGCGACUUUUUGGACAAACCUUAGCAACUUUCCAAAUUCCAAAUAUCGCCAGUACUGCAAGCGUGAGGUCUUACUUCCCCGCUGCGUCUGCUCUGUUCAGUGAGCGGCUGAUAGGAGCAGCACAUUCCGUUGACUGCACGCCAGCGGACAUAGACAUGAAUGAGCUGCGCAUGUGCACGCUGUGUUAGCAGGAACCAAUCAGUGAUCACAUAGCAGCUGCCUUCUCCUCUGUUUUAAUUCAAAACAUUUAAUUUGACCGUUUUUCGGCUAUAUACUUAUAUAAAAACAGUAUGAGCACGGUUUAGGGGAGAUAACCGUUAUUAUAAACUGAAGUAGGCUACAGUACCGACAAAUUAGGCAGAAUGCAAAUACGACGCGAUGACGUCAUUAAUAUGCUAAUGACGCAUGACGUCAUCUGGCGACAUUUAGCUACUUUUCGAGCAGGCUUUAGCUACUUUCCAUUGAAAAUAGUUGGCAACACUGUUCCUAUGCCAAAAGAGGAGUGUUAGACAAAGAUUUUACUUUUGCUUAAGCAUUUCGAUAUUCUCUAACAUAUUUAACAUUAUGAUGGUAGUCUAUGCUUUUUCUGCUGUUGCAUCUAAGAUUCAUCAAACAGAUAUAUGAUUGCUUCUCAGAAUUGAGGUCAAUGCAGUUUCACCUCCACUAUGAUUUGAAUUACAAUUUAAUUCAAACUCUAAUAAAUCAAAUUUUAGCACAUUCUUAAUAUGAGAGAAGUAUAAGUAAACAGGAACUAUAUAUAAAAGGUUGGGAGCAUCAAUGUGCUUUUGAUUGGCUUUUUUAAAGUCGCUGCGGGUCGAUGCAAUAGCUGCAAUAUGGCUUCACUGAUGACAUUAGAUGCUAACAUUUGUACUUGCUAUAUGUAGUACAAGUAAUAAAAAACAUUUUUAUUUUUUU